AUGGUAAAGAAGAAUACUAUCCCCGAUGGAUGGCGGAGUUUGACACCAGUUGGACAACCCAUACCAGGAACUAGAUUUAUUGCAUUCAAAGUACCUUUAAAAGGGGCAAUUAACCAGAGGCUUACCCCAACCCAGAAAUUUACACCAAAAGACUUAAUCGCUGCAAUGAAAGCCCUAAAUCUGGAGCUUGGAUUAAUUAUUGAUUUAACAUAUACCACACGAUACUAUGAAGUGAAGGAUUUACCUAAAAGUGUGCAGUAUAAGAAACUUUAUACUGUUGGACUUGAAGUCCCUGAUAAUGCUACUAUCCUACAGUUCAAAAAAUGGGUCAGAAAAUUCCUAUGGGAAAAUGCAGGAAAUGAGAAACUCAUUGGUGUUCACUGUACUAAUGGAAUUAAUAGAACUGGCUACCUUAUAUGUAGAUAUCUUAUCGAUGUUGAAGGCUGGGAUCCAGAGGUGGCAAUCCAAGCUUUUGGUGAUGCUAGAGGUCAUCGCAUGGAUGGUCUUGUGUAUCUCACAGAUCUCAGAACACAACCAAUGAGAAGUAACCUUGGAAUGGAUGUAUGGGAUUCAGAUGAAGAUAUUAUUCCCCCACCGCAUGCAGUGGAAGCACCUGUAGAGCAGUUUCCAAAUGAAGACUUUCAGGGGUCUGGGAAAAGAUUAAGAAUUUAUGAUGACCACUCUCACAACGAUUUGCAAGGACGGAUACAGUUCAGAGAUUUUGAAUUUAUUAAUAAGGGACCUGGACAAAGAAGACCAUUCCAUGACCAUCAGACUCAGGAUGAUUUAAGAGCACCAAUGCAGACAAGAAAUUGGGACUACAACAGGGGACCAGGACAGAGGCAAAGACCCUUUCCUGAUCACCAGUUUUGUGAUGAUUAUCAAGAAGACAUGCAGCUGAAGGACCUAGACUUUAGUAACAAGGGACCUGGACAAAGAUUGAGACCUUUUCAUGGAUGCCAGUUUCAUGAUGAUUUACAGACAGAAAGACAAUCGAGGGAUAACAAAUUUAACAGAGGCCGUGGACAAAGGCAGAGAUCUUUUCCUGAACAUUCAUCUCAUAAUGAUUUUCAGGAAGAUAGGCAGUCAAAGGAUUUUGAUUUUGGUAGCAGGGGCCGUGGCCGGAGACAAAGAUCGUUCCAUGACCACCAGUCUCAUGAUGAAUUUCAGACACAGAUGCAGCUGAAAGAGUUAGAUCAUGUCAAAAAGAGUCCUGGCCAAAGACUAAGAUCUUUCCAUAACUAUCAGUCACAUGAUGAUGUACAGCCACAACAACGGGGAGAUUUUGAAUUUGUUAAUAGGGGUCGUGGGCAGGGGUUGAGGCCUUUCAAUGAUCACCAGCUUCACAAUAAUUUACAAACAGAGAUGCAACUAAAAGAUUAUGAUAGAACAGACUCAGUUGAAAGACUUCGAUUAUGUUAA